AUGGCAAAAUUAAAAAAAUACAAGAUUUAAGCAUAAUCAAACAGAAAAAAUCUGACUCACUUGAAUAUGAUGAAAUUUACCAAAUUUUAACACAUCCUGAGUUAAACAAAGACACACCAUUAUCCACCACUUACAAAACCCAUUUCUGGUUAUGUUUCUUGUGUGGUUUUUGUGGUGGAGAUGCUCAAAGAUUAAAAUUGGCAAAUGUGGAAUUAGCAGCUAUUAAUGGACUGACAAUUACAAUUCCUUAUUUUAUAAAUAAAGGUAUCUGGUUUAUCGAUGCUCCUUUGGGAAGAUACUCACACAAAAAUAUGAUACACAAGAUUUGUGAAAUCACUGGAACAGAUUCAAAUUACGAAUCAUUCAAUAAGAUGUACAACUGUACAAUACCUGACACAACUAAAUGUAAUGAACAGAUUAUCAGAAUUACUGGCCAUAGAUCAACAAGUGGUAUUGCUGCUUAUCAAACAUUUGCUAAGCAAAUUAUGCAUGAAACUAUAAACAAAAUGAUUCCUGACAAAUGUGAUAAUUUCAAUUCCAAUCCUGAUUUAAGAUGUUAA